GGGGGCGCGGAGGGCGCAGGGAGCGAGGGCGUGACCCUGCAGCGCAGCAUCACGCUGCUCAACGGCGUGGCCAUCAUCGUGGGCACCAUCAUCGGCUCGGGCAUCUUCGUGACGCCGACCGGCGUGCUCAAGGAGGCGGGCUCGCCGGGGCUGGCGCUGGUGGUGUGGGCCGUGUGCGGCGUCUUCUCCAUCGUGGGCGCGCUCUGCUACGCGGAGCUGGGCACCACCAUCACCAAGUCGGGCGGCGACUACGCCUACAUGCUUGAGGUGUACGGCUCGCUGCCCGCCUUCCUCAAGCUCUGGAUCGAGCUGCUGAUCAUCCGGCCCUCCUCGCAGUACAUCGUGGCGCUCGUCUUCGCCACCUACCUUCUCAAGCCGCUCUUCCCCACCUGCCCGGUGCCCGAGGAGGCCGCCAAGCUCGUGGCCUGCCUCUGCGUGCUGUUGCUCACAGCCGUGAACUGUUACAGCGUGAAGGCCGCCACCCGCGUGCAGGACGCCUUUGCUGCUGCCAAACUCCUGGCACUGGCCUUGAUCAUCCUGCUUGGCUUCAUCCAGAUCGGGAAAGGUGACGUGUCCAACCUGGAUCCCAGGUCCUCCUUUGAAGGCACCAAACUGGAUGUGGGGAACAUCGUACUGGCUCUGUAUAGCGGCCUCUUUGCCUACGGGGGAUGGAAUUACUUGAAUUUUGUCACAGAGGAGAUGAUUAAUCCCUACAGAAACCUGCCCCUGGCCAUCAUCAUCUCCCUCCCCAUUGUCACUCUGGUGUACGUGCUCACGAACCUGGCCUACUUCACCACGCUGUCCACCGAGCAGAUGCUGACAUCCGAGGCUGUGGCUGUGGACUUCGGGAACUACCACCUGGGUGUCAUGUCCUGGGUCAUCCCCGUCUUCGUGGGCCUCUCCUGCUUCGGCUCCGUCAAUGGGUCCCUCUUCACAUCCUCCAGGCUGUUCUUCGUGGGGUCCAGGGAGGGCCACCUGCCCUCCAUCCUGUCCAUGAUCCACCCGCAGCUGUUGACGCCCAUGCCCUCGCUUGUGUUCACGUGCGUCAUGACCCUGCUCUACGCCUUCUCCAAGGACAUCUUCUCCGUCAUCAACUUCUUCAGCUUCUUCAACUGGCUCUGCGUGGCCCUGGCCAUCAUUGGGAUGCUAUGGCUCCGCUACAGGAAGCCGGAACUGGAGCGGCCGAUCAAGGUGAGGGCCUGUAAGGGUGAGGGCACCAUCAGGGUGAGGGGCCGUCAGGGUGAAGGCCCGUCAGGGUGAGGGGCCGUCAGGGUGAGGGCCCGUCAGGGUGAGAGGCCGUCAGGGCGAGGGGCCCAAGGUGAAGGCCCAGGGCUGGGCCCACCCAGGCGGUCGGGGCUCGCAGGCCAUGUGGUUGAUAAGCAGGUUGUGUGUGACCACGCCUCUUGGUUCUGUCCGGCCCUGCGUGUGCCUGGGCAGCCACCGUCCCUCUCCAGGCCUCCACCCACUCUGCAGACCAGGGGUCAGGGCACCUUCUCCAGAGGGUCCUGGUGAGAACAGAGCUGAUCUGUGUGUGAACAUGUGUCUGAGCUGGACGUAGCAGGGCCGUGGCUUCAGUUGACACUGCUGGCAGCCUCUCGAGCGCCAGGUGUGGGAUU